UCUCUUCUUCUUCUUGUAAAUAUACUUCAUAUUAUUACCAUGUACAUAGAAAAGUAGAAGAAAUUAAUUGUUAAUAAUGGUGGAUUCUCCCGCAAGGAAGCGUUUGUUGGCUAGAACCGACUCCGUUCGCAUCUUUCCUACAAGAAGAGGAGCUAUAACUUUUACUUAUGCUUUCACUCUUGCAUCUAUUUUAUUCAUGCUUGUCAUUGUAAAUACUUUUCACCCGUCUUCACGUAGACAUCAUUUUACUAAAGUUAUGACUCACAUUUUCACCUCUAAUUCUUCGAAACCUCCUUCUAAUUCACCUCAACAUAGCCCUACUCAUGAUAAAACCUUUCAUAAAGAUGAUGAAUCAGUGGAUCAUAGGAUUGUAGCUUCUCCUUCUCCAUCUCAAAUUUCUAGAAAAGAAGAUGAUGGAUUGGUGGAUCAUAGGAUUGUAGAUUCUCCGUCUUCAUCUCAAACUUCUAAAAAAGAAGAUGAUGGAUUCCUGGAUCAUAAGAUUGUAGGUUCUCCUUCUCCGUCUCAAACUUCUAAAAAAGAAGAUGAUGGAUUACUGGAUCAUCAUAUUGUAGGUUCUCCUUCUCCGUCUCAAACUUCUAGAAAAGAAAAUGAUGGAUUACUAGAUCAUAGAAAUGUAGCUUCUCCGCCUCCAUCUCAAAUUUCUAGAAAAAAAGAUGAUGAAUUACUAGGUCAUAGGAUUGUAAAUUCUCCGUCUCCGUCUCAAAUGUCUAGAAAAGAAAAUGAUGGAUUACUAGAUCAUAGGAUUGUAAAUUCUCCGUCUCCAUCUCAAAUUUCUAGAAAAGAAGGUUCUGGUUUAGCACGAAAGCGAAGUAAAAAACAUCGUAAGGCGCAUCCACCGAUUGGUGCUACGAUUAAACCACAACAAAAGAAGUCUUUUGCACCCAUGCCUUCACCAAAUGUAGUGCAAAGUGAUCAACAACAUUUGGUGGAAUUAACAAAGAAUUGUAAUAUGUAUGAAGGGUCAUGGGUUUAUGAUGAUUCAUAUCCACUUUACAAAGCCGGGUCUUGUCCUAAUAUUGAUGAGCCUUUUGACUGUUUCCUCAAUGGUCGAACUGAUAAUAUGUUCGAAAAGUUCAGAUGGCAGCCUAAGAAUUGCAACAUGCCAAGGUUCAAUGGUAGUGACAUGUUGGAGUUACUGAGGGGAAAGCGUUUAGUUUUUGUUGGCGAUUCCCUCAAUAGGAACAUGUGGGAAUCUAUGGUGUGUGUUCUUAGUAAUUCAGUGGAAAAUAAGAGCAAGAUUUUCGAAGCCUCUGGUAGACAAGAGUUUCGAACAGAAGAUUCUUACUCGUUUAUCUUUGAAGAUUACAAUUGUUCCAUCGAGUUCUUCCGUUCCCCGUUUCUUGUUCAAGAGGGGGAGAUUCCAACCCAGAAAGGAUCGAAAAAAGAGACACUCCGUCUUGAUUUGGUUGAGAACUAUUAUGACAAGUACAAAAAUGCUGAUGUUUUGAUCUUCAACACAGGUCAUUGGUGGACUCAUGAGAAAGUAAAGGAAGGGAAGGAAUAUUAUCAAGAAGGAAAUCAUGUUUAUGGACAACUGAAUGUUGAAGAUGCAAUUAAUAAAGCUUUAUUGACAUGGUCACAUUGGGUGGAUACUCAUGUUGAUCCUAAGAAAACUACAGUUUUCUUUAGAGGCUAUUCACCUUCUCAUUUCAGGGACGGGGAAUGGAAUUCUGGUGGUCAGUGUGAGAAUAUUACAGAGCCAAUGAAAGAUGAAUCUGAUUUGCCAGAAAAUCCUGCAACAAUGAUGAAGACUAUUGAAUCGGUAAUUACAGGAAUGAAGACUCCGGUGUUUUACCUGAAUAUCACGAGAAUGACGGAUUACAGAAUUGAUGCUCACCCUUCCUUGUUCAGAUUCACCAAUAUGACUGAGGAGACCAAAAAAUUUACGCUCACGCAUCAGGAUUGUAGCCAUUGGUGUCUUCCUGGUGUUCCUGACUUGUGGAAUGAAUUAGUGUAUGCUCACCUUUUACAAAGGUUGAAAACAAACAAGGGAAAUCCUUGAACUUGAUUUUUGAUACAUUGUUAUAAUCCUUAACAGGCUUCAUAAUAUAGUUGUGAUUUAAUCAGCUCAUAAAUCGAAUCACCGGGUUGUGUUAUUUAUAUUAUUUUCAAUCAAAGUAGCGA